UGCUCCUCUGCUGCUGCUCGCUUGAAGCGGCGGGAUGAAAAAUGGCCCUCGUCAGACUCGGUGAACUCUCUUUUUAUUAAAGUCUGUCUUUAAAGAACAGAAAGAAACAGAGAAGACCAUGCUGGCUCUUUAAGCCGGAGCUGCCUGCAGUCAGUCCACUGCUCCCCGGCCGCUGGAGGAGCUCUGUGUCCGGGCUGAAGGAGCUCCGUGUCCGGGCUGAGAGCAGAUGGAUCCUCGGUGUGUUAAAGGCGGAAGAUCAACACAGCGAUGCUACGAAGCUACAGCCGCUAAAGAGCCGAGGAUCUGAGCAGAGAUGAGGGGGUAAAGGAGUCUGAUUCACAGACAUCGAAGACAACAGAGGAAACUUUCUGACUGAACCCCCGUCCUCCUUUAUGGAGCCGAAACCAGAACGCUUGAACUGAGAACUUGUAUCCGACACCCAGCUUGACGCGGAACCUCAGGAUGGCGAGCAGGAGGAAGUCCACCACCCCCUGCAUGGUUCCUCCCCGAGAGGCCGUGGCUUCGGAUCAGGAGAUGGAGGACAUCGCGGAGGAGUUGGAAGCGGAGGAGAGUAACGGCGUGGCGACCGUUUCCUCCGAGGUGUCCGGUUUGUCGGAGGAGCGGGGCGAGGACGGGGACGCCAGACCCCUGCCGGAUCCCUACUUGGACUCGAACAUGGCAGAGGGAGGCUACGAGUGCAAAUACUGCAGCUUCCAGACGUCAGACCUCAACCUGUUCACCAUGCAUGUGGACACGGAGCACCCGGACGUCAUCAUCAACACGUCCUACGUCUGCAUGGAGUGCGACUACCACACCAAGAGUUACGACACGCUGCUGGCCCACAACGCGCGGCUCCACCCGGGCGAGGAAAACUUCACGAGGACGAUGGUGAAGCGAAACAACGAGACGAUCUUCCAGCAGACGGUCAACGACCUCACCUUCGACGGCAGCUUCGUCAAAGUGGAGGACGAGGACGGCGAGGACACGUCCCGGAAAGGCAUCGCCCUCAGCAAGACGCCCAUCAUGAGGAUCAAGAGCCGGAUGGAGCCCAAGAAGUUCAGCGCCGCGCACAAGAUGGCCGUCAACGAUGUCAUCAAGGUGGAGAGCGAUGAGGACGAGGACGACGAGAACAAAGAGCCGCCCACGCUGUCCCCUGCACCGUUGACCCCCAGCACCUUGGCCCCACGCCUUCUGUCCGUGUCAACGCCGCUGCAGGUCCAGGCCAUCCCUCAGAGCAUCGUGGUGAACAGUCCAAACGUGCUGCAGAUUAAAGGCGGGUCGGGCGGCGGCGCCAUGCUGCCCCCUGGGACGCUGGCUCAGGUUCUGUCAGCCCUGCAGAACCAGCAGAACUGCACGCAAACGCAGACCCAGCUCCUCAUCCCCAUCAGCAGCAUCCCCACCUACAACACGGCCAUGGACAACAACGUCCUGCUGGUCAGCGCGUACAACAGGUUCCCGUACCCCUCCGUGUCAGAGAUCAUGGGUCUGUCCUCUCAGACGAAGUUCAGCGAGGAGCAGAUCAAAGUUUGGUUUUCUGCUCAGAGGCUGAAACAUGGAGUCAGCUGGACGCCGGAGGAGGUGGAGGAGGCGAGGAGGAAGAAGUUUAACGGCACGGUGCAGACCGUCCCUCAGACCAUCACCGUCAUCCCCGCCAACAUCGCCGCAGCAACAAACGGCCUUCAGUCCAUCUUUCAGACGUGCCAGAUCGUGGGCCAGCCGGGACUCGUCCUCACGCAGGUGUCCGGUAACGGCGGAACCGUGCCGGUCGCUUCACCCAUCACCCUGACGGUCGCGGGCGUACCCGGGAACCAGCCGAAAGCCGCCGAGCCGCCGACGUCCGAAUCAAAGACGGAGCUCUCUGCGAGCGCGGCGCUCAGUUUGGACUCAACGGGGACCAAACCGAAGAAGUCCAAGGAGCAGCUGGCCGAGCUGAAGGCGAGCUACGGCAGGAGGCAGUUCGCCACCGAGGCGGAAAUAUCUCGACUCAUGCAGGUCACCAAACUCUCCAAGCGAGCAAUAAAGAAGUGGUUCAGCGACACGCGCUACAACCAGAGGAACUCCAAGGACCACCACGCCGUCCUGCUGGGCGAGAACCUGCCCACCAGACCCGCAGCACCGCCGUCAGGAGGCAGGGGAGGGAGGACCAGCAGCGGCAGCAGCAGCCUGAACGACGGGAUCAUCAGCAGUGAAACCAACACCGCCACCAUCAUCAUCGACUCCAGUGACGACGCCAGCGAAUCCUCCCCCACGUCCGCCAACACCCCGGGGUCGUCCGGCUGCACCAGCGACCCCCGGGUCAAGUUCCGCCACGCCUUCCCCGACUUCACGCCGCAGAAGUUCAAGGAGAAGACCCCCGAGCAGCUGCUCAACCUGGAGGCCAGCUUCCAGAAAUCGGACACGCCGUCGGACGAGGAGCUGAGCCGACUCCGAGCCGAGACCAAGCUGACGCGGCGAGAAGUGGACGCCUGGUUCACGGAGAGGCGGAAGAUGCCGUUCGGAGCGCAGUUCAAGGAGGAAGACGGCGAGGGGGACGGCGAGAAGGCGAAAGCAUCGUCUGUGCCUUCUUCCUCGGCUGGGGAGCGGCAGAGCACGCCGCCCUCCGGGAGGAAGACGAUGAAGAAGACUCCAGAGCAGCUCCACAUCCUGAAGAAGGCCUUCGUCCGCACGCAGUGGCCCACAUCGGAGGAGUACGACCAGAUGGCGGAGGAGAGCGGUCUGCCGAGGACGUACAUCGUCAACUGGUUCGGAGACACGCGCUACGCCUGCAAGAAUAGCAACCUGAAGUGGUACUACCUCUACCAGAGCGGGAAGGUGGACGAGGCUCUGAACGGGGGAGCAAAGAUCCAGAAGAAGUCCAGGAAGCGUUUCCGGGGUUGGUCCAGGAGGACACGUCGGCCGUAUCCCUGCAAACGCUCUCCACAGGGGGGCGCCACCGCCAUCAAGGUGAAGUCCGGUAAGACGUUCCUGAAGGAGUACUACCUCAAACACCGAGCGCUGAGCGAGAGAGACCUGGACGACCUGGUCACAAAGUCCAGCAUGAGCUACGAGCAGGUGAGGGACUGGUUCUCCGAGGCCGCCAGGAGGGUGGAGGAGGGGAAGGAGCCAUUCAGCGACGAGGAGGCCGAGGGAGAGGACGGGGAGGAAGAGGACGAAGAGGAGGAGGAGGAGGAGGAGGAGGAAGAGGAGGAAGAAGAAGAAGAUGAAGAGGAGGAGGAGGCGAUGGUAGCAACGGGAGCAGAACAGGCGGACAGCGAAGGAGAGAUGGAGGCGAAAGAACAAGGAGAGGACGAGGACUGCAACGAGGAGGAGGAGCAAGGAAAAGAAGGGAAGCAGGAGGAGGAGAUAGCUGAGGAAGAAGAGGAGGAGGAAGAGGAGGAGGAGGAGGCCAUCCAGGAGGAAUCUGAAGGUGUCAGCCAAUCGCAGCCUGAGGCAGAGGAGCAGACAUGAGCAGACAGAUCUGACGUCGCUCAUCACUAGUUGGAGACAUCGUGGAGGACAGAGUCAGUGUUUCUCAGCUGAUGGCUCCGGACCCAAAGGCGGCCUCAGGACACUCAGACGGGGGGUCACAGCUCAGGACGGACGGACGGCGCGUCGCUCAAACAUCAGGGUUUGUGCCUUUUCGAGACGAGCUUUGGGUCCCGAUCAGCUGAGAAGCACUGAACCGGGUUUGACGGACAAACAGGAUCCGGGACGUGUUUCUGCUCAUGGGACCAACUGAACGUGUGGGACGACUCUGAGAGUAAGUUUCAGCUCCGCUCCUGCACAGACAAGGCUUUUAUUUUGGUGGGGAACGACAGGGCUUUUAUUUUGGCCUCAUUUUUUCUUACAAAAAAAAAAAAAAUACGUUUCAAAUUGUAAAAAAAAAAAAAAGAAACGAACCCAAAACAUUUCAAAGAGGUGAGACCUCGCAUGGAUUCCUCUUUAAAAACCGGAGUCACGGACCAUGUGACUUCUUCUCAAGGGAACGUCCUCGCCCCCCCGAACCCGACACGGGGACAUUUCACCGCUCUGAAAGAAGGUUUUUAAAACCAGACUGUUGUUUUUUUGUUGUGAAUAUAUGAACUCAGAUUAGUGCCAUUCUGUUCAUAAGAUUUUGUUUAAUAAAAAAAGUCAGUGCUGGAUUUAAUUCCACGGCGACAUUUUAA